AUGCCGAGCACCCCAGCUUCCACGCUGCAUCAUAUACUCACCCCGCGGCCGCCACGCCUUUGUUUGCUUCCAAUUCAAUCCGUAUGGCAGCCGGCGGCUUUCCAUACACCCAGAAGCGUCCGAGCUCGCCUCAAUAGCUCUAUCACACAAGGUUGGAAAGGAACUUCACCGGAUGACCAUACUGUGGACCGGAGGAAGAAGGGCGAUACCACGGAUCCGACCGUAGAAGGGGCUCAUUCUGGCAUGAAAGACAGGGAAGAGUCUAAGGGAAUAGCUAGAGAUGAUAAACCUCAGGCGGCAACUGAAAGAGGAGGUGUGAAGCAUGGAAAAAAGGCCAAGGAGGAGCAUCCUAAGGCACCUGAACCGAUCAUCGGAAUGAAUGAUGAGAGAGCUCAGAAGGGACAUUGA